UGUACGCAUGCGCGAAACUCAGCUCAUUCCACUGGUCUGCGCAACGACCGUGUCUGUCUCUACUUCGACGUCUGGUCUUUGAUUAUUCACUACUAUCCAGAGAUGGUUAGACCACAUUUUGGACCACCACGCUUAAAGCCCAGACCUUACGAGGAUGGUCAUGGCAUUAAACCGAAUGAGGGGAAUUACGUCCCCAACUCCAAAAGUACAAGAGAUGUCCCGGGCUAUAGAGGAAACUGGAGAGAGCCAAGAGGUAGAGGACGACCACCAGUUGCGGGAAGAGUUCCCCUGAUGGGAGAGCAAAGGGAGCCACGUUUCAAUCAUUGGAGGUCCCAGAAUCAGGACUCAUACUCGUACGCUCCCAAAAUGGAACCACACCAUAACCAGAGGAGACCUUCUCCAACUAGGCCAAAUCGAUCCCCUCACGCCCCACAUCAUCCAGCCUCUCGUGGUCCUUCACAAGGAUCUCCAAGUCAGAGAGGCCCACCUUUCCAUGGCCACCCCUCAGGUCACAGGUCCCCCUCCCCGAGACAUUUUCGCAACCACCCAGCUGACAGGAGGCCAGGGCCUGCAUCAACCUUUCAGGGGUCUUUCAGAGGCCACAAAAGGCAGUCAGGUUUUCAGCAUCAGGAGCAGCGGAGUCGAGAACCUCGUGGGAAUUACUCUCCCAGAGAAAGACCCCAUGAGCACUCGGGUCAUGGCAUGAAGAGAUGGAAUGAGGCUGGAGCUUUCUCUCAUCCACGCAAUGGAGAACAUGGGCCCUCUGGGUCACAGAGGAGCCCAAGAGAGAUGCAUGGGAGGGGCUCAUGUCCAGAGAGGUGGUCAUCUGAGCAAGAGUCCAGGCGGCAGCGUGGCCCGAUGGAGAGGCAGGGAAGCAGGUCCCACAGCAGAGAAAGGGCACAGGAUGGCCCUCACCCGCCCCCUUUCAGGACCCCCUCAUGGAAAGGAGGCCCGUCACCAUCAACCUCCUACCAUAGAAACCCUCAGGAGAGGCAAGUGGCAGGACCCCGCAAGAGGGGAAUAUCUGACAUCAGCAUGCCCACCUCAAACCCUGCAAUGGAGCAUGGCAUUCCAAAAUACCCCCGUAGAGAGCGACCUCAGCUGCUUAGUAUUCCCAGGCCAUUUGGUGGUAAACCGUUGUCUCUCAGGGAUAAAAGUUACCUGAUUAAGGGCAGACAGUCUCUCAUGAGGCUCAGAAUUCCUCCACAUGUGAGACCCAGGCCUCGCCAAGGUGACCCUGCCUGGCAGGGCAAUGUGAACACUUUUUUUUCUAUCAGAAAGAAGCGUUUCCAGUCAAAUGCAGUUCCCCUGAGAAAGUUUGAACCAAGGAGGGUGAAACCACAACAGUCACCUCCCAGAGAAGAAAGCAAUGCCAGCAAGUCCUCAAGAGACUCUGAUGCAGGCAAAGAACAGGUGGAAUCUCGCCGGUCCUUGAACACUCACAGAUCUUCUCCCAUUGAGAAACGAGACCUUGUUGUUUUGUCUCACUGGCCACCUGGGCCAAGCUCUUCUAAAGAUGGCUCGCCUCCAAAAUCUCACAGCCCAGAGCCAAGGAAUGACGCCUCUCCUACCAGCCGACUCUCAAGGACUAACGAGUCAGAUGAGUCAGAAGACCAAAAACAAGACUAUUUGGACAAGAGAGUGUUUAGACCAUUUCAUAUGAUGCAGGAGAGCAACAGACGUGGACGGUCCUUCAGACGACCUGGACCUGGACCCAUGCAGAGACAACGGUUCUCUGGUGGUCCAAGGAACAUGGGUCCUGAACUGUCUGGAAAUGUUAGAAGACCACUCAUGGAGAGCUUAGUGCCACGUCCCUUCCCAAAUCAGAGGCCGGUGUUCAGGAAAAGUUACACUAUCAUGUCUAAAUACCGCAAUAUGAGAGUGAUGCGUCAGCGUGCACCUUACAACAGAGGAGCUAACCAUCAACAACGUUGGUGAUGACCUCUGACAUGUCAACGGAAAAGACGGAAGAAUCUUAUGGAGAUCAUCUCAUCUGGGUGGACCACACUAACCCCCCUCUCAAUACAAUCCUAACCUGCCUGUAUAUGGUCAAAGUGUUGUUGCUUCCAUUUGUUCUCUGGUCUCUUUUAUUUGACACUUUGAAGUACCGCAGUAGUUAGGAUAUUUCUAAUAUAUGCCAUUGAGAUAAACAGUCUUUUUUUUCUUUUUUUGAGUGUUUAAUAACUUGGGAAAUUGCUGCUUGUGAUCUUGGCAAACUUUGAGUUACUGGAAUAGUUUUAUUUUUGUUUACUUGCAGCAAUCAAUGUCAGGUUAAAAUCUCAGCUUUGUUGCUUGUUCAGACUUACCACAUGAGAUGUGUUGUUUGAUAAACCAUGGGUGUUUUUGAUUAGAAACUGCUGCUUGUCAAAUGACACUUGUAAAGCUUGAUUAAUCAAGUUUCAGUUUGUUGAUUUGAAAUAAAAUCCAACAAGCUUUAUUUUAAAA